AAAAAAGCUUCUUACAAGAAUGUCUGUGAUCGUGAAAGAUCCCUGCAGAGUUUACGACGUGUGCCUUUAUCGUGCUAAAAAUUCAUGCUGUCAUCCCUGCUGUCCGCCCUCAUGUUGUUAUCCUCUUCCACCGGAUCCUGACCCGUGUGAUUGUAUUCCGAAAUGCCCGCCCAUUUGUCCUAGACCGCCUGCAUCGAGAACAAAGCGUAAUUCUUGCCCACCUGGACCUCCUCCUCAUUCAGGACCCCUUCCGAAUGAAGCCUGUUACAACUGUUCAUCACCACUUUAUUGUCCUGCAACUUUUGGUGGCCUCAGAUGA